AUGCCUCCACGACUACCAGCGUUUACGGCGUGUUGCCGGACAGCGCCUGCUGCUUCGAAGCCGUUGGUAACAUUACUGUUGCCAUUGAUGCAGGCGCGCAAUGCCUCCAUUUUGGCUACAUUAUCCGACAAUCCAGGAGCUUACAACAAACGCAUUCGUCGUGGUAGGGGUCCGUCGUCAGGAAAGGGAAAGACAUCUGGGAGAGGUCAUAAGGGUCAGAAGCAGCAUGGAAGUGUGCCGGCUCGGUUCCAGGGUGGUCAAACGCCGCAGGAUGUAGUUCACGGAACGAGAGGUUUUGAGAAUCUCUUCUCUCUUGAUAUGUCUACCAUCAAUCUCAACCGCAUUCAGUCUUGGAUAGACCAAGGUCGACUAGAUCCAACCAAGCCUAUCACCGUGAAGGAGUUGACAGAAUCGCGGUGUCUUCAUGGCGUGAAAGAUGGAGUGAAGCUGUUGGCAAGAGGAAAGGACGAAUUGAAGACCCCAAUCAACAUCCUGGUCUCACGAGCAUCGACUGCCGCCAUUGAAACAAUUGAGGCAGCGGGAGGCAAGGUCACCACAAGAUACUACACCAAACAAUCGAUACGCAGACUUCUCAGAGGCGAAUCGGAGUCAAGCUUUACACCACUUGCUUUCACACCCAUCAGUGCCCAAGAGGAGUCACCAAUACUUGCCGCCACAGCUUCAUCAGCAUCUCCUUUUACGUACCGAUUGCCCGAUCCAACGAGCAGAAAAGACUUGGAAUAUUACCGCGAUUCGGCACAUAGAGGAUAUCUAAGCCAUUUGGUCGAGAAGGGCCAUGGCCCUAGUUUGUUCUUCAAGACACCUGGAGUUGAAGUACGUAAGAAGACGAAGAAAGUUCGCACAGUGGAGGCAGCGAAGGAGAACAGAUUAUGGUAG